GGAAUUUCCAUGUGAUAAAUGGUUUCCAUGCAAUAAAAUGAUCAAGUAUAUUGUUGAAGAUGGAAGAGAAAAGUGUACUGUUAAAUAUUCGGAAUUGUAUAAAGACUGUUGGAGAUCUUCAGGUGACAGUCUAAAAUGCUUUGACAUCUUGAAAAGACUUGAAGAAAUCAAUACAAAUGAUAUAAUACCUGAUGGCUCAGACGAAUGCCGUCAGACGUCUUCAGAGUCUGAUGAUUUUGAAUACGGUGAAUUUAUAAUUCAGAAUGUUGAUAUUGGCGGUGUUCUUAUGAUUUCGCAUAAAGAUGGUCAAUCACUUUCACAAGACAUUGAAAUUCUGAAAACUCAAAUAUACUGGACUUAUGAUCAUAUUAAUAAUGGAAUACCUAACGUAUUUAAUAAAAUCCCAUUUAGCAACCAUUUUACAUUGAAAGUUGAACAGAAAGACGAUGAACAGAGAGACGAUGAACAAAAAAUUGUUACAGGGCAACAAUUAAUGACUUUGAUGGAUGACCUUUGUCUUAUUCCACAUAUUGCCGGUUUUGAUGACAAGGAUUUAAACGCAUGCAAAGACUUAAAUACAUGGGCUUUAAAUUUACCAAAAAUCAUUUAUGUUAUUGGAUUAACUAUUCAAUCACCCAAUAUAAGGCAUGGGCAACGCGCUGUUGUUGACUUUAUUAAAAUACCUGAAGUAUAUACAUUAAAUACUUCAUAUAUGCACUUGCGUCAACCUGCCAGCAAAAGGAAGGCUUUUACUUUAACACAUCGUAUUAAAUUAAAUACCGCUAUUAGAAUUCCAUUUUUAUCUAAAAAAACCACAGACGAUAAUUUCCACCCUUUAUUUGACAGUCAGCCAACUUCUGAAAUACACUGCUUUAUAACAUCAGAAAAAAUCAAAUUAGUGAUUGAUGUAGAUAAAGUUGAAGCUUCAGUGGAUCUUAAAAAUGCAGUAGACAAAGCACUUGAGGAUGAUUUUCCGUUUCAAAGUUUGAAAAAAGUUUUUGAUAAAUUUGGGCAUCUUUGGCCUCAAAUAAUAAUUCUUGGUUGGAGCUUAUCAAGAAUUUAUAAUUACACUACUAAUAAUAAUGAACCCAGAUCUGACUACAAACUUUUCUUGAACACAAAUGAUAGAAUUGUUUUGCAAGAACAAAUUUUGGGAAAAUUCAAUGAUUGGAGUAAAUUAACAAACGGUUUAAAUAUAUUUUUCUUUGACCCUUGUGGACUCUUUGUGGAGAAAGAGAAACUACAUUUUUUAUUAAUGAACCAUUUAGAUGAAUCCUUAUUAAAUUCUAAUGAUGAAAUUGUAAAGGAAUAUGAAAAUAUCCGAAACUAUUUAAACCAAGACAAAAAAUGGAUAAUAUUGAGACAUGAAGAUUUGGUCCCUUUAUAUAAGGUUUUGCCCAAAAAAACACAGAAUUUCAUAGAAGAUAUAAUUUCAGAUAAAAAUCUUAUUAUAAUAACUGAUGCCACGAACAUUGAUCACGAAAAUCCAACAUAUGUGAACAUUAAAUUCGUACAGCCUCUUCAAGAUAAUGAUUGCAAAAUGUUCGAAGUUCCAUUGCCAAGUCAAUUCCCAGUUAAUUGUAAUAUUAGCAUCUCAGUUGAUAGGCUGUCUGAUUCAUUCAUCUUUAUCACCAGCUUUGAUCCAGAAAAUCUUAAUAAAAAUCAAGUUAUUCAUGCCAGUAUUAAAGAUGGUUCGAAAUCAAGUUUAAAUCUGAAUAUCUCACAAAAUAAUGCUAAAACCACACGAAAUAAUGAAUUGAAUAACGUAAUAAUGAGAUGGUGUUUAAUUAAUACCAAUCAGAAAGAUUCUGUCACAACUGAUGUUGCAAUAAAGUCUUUUAGCUGGAAUGAUCUCGGGGAUGUUGUGAAGAUCGAAUC